UAGCAAACUUUAUGGGAUUCUCAAUAUCAUUUUCUACUUCCACGCCCAUUAUUAACGUAUCAAAAGCUCCUCCUUUUUAACCUACUUUUCUUCACUCCUCUUUCUCUUCUGUAAGCUUCUCUAGUUGAAGGUUAAAUACUGAGAGAAGCAAAACAGGAAACGAACAAGAAACUAAAGAUGAAGGAUUGGGCAGCUCCGAUCAUAGCGACAGCAUUAUUUGCAUUUCUAUGUCCAGGACUAAUAUUUCAAAUGCCAGGGAAGAAUAGGCCUGUUGAUUUCAUGAAUAUGAAGACUACCUUCGUUUCUAUGUUGCUUCACACUGUCUUCUUUGGUUUGUUUCUUAUUCUCUUCCUCGUUAUUCUCAAUAUACAUCUCUAUGCUUAGCUACCAAGAAAUUACAGAUAUUACUACCUGCUUUUUCCUUUGGAUUCAAUUCUCAUGUUGUUUGUCCAAUGGUUCCCAUUCUGUUUCAAUAUUUCCGUUUCUUUUUCUAUCUCAAGUCUCAACCAGCUAUAAUUCAGUCAAAGAGAUGAUGGAUUGACUCAA